AUUUUCCCAUUUUCGAGUUGCCAUAACCUUUUUUUUAUCACUACACUGUUUUUUUUUUCACUUUCGACCAUUCUUUAGUGAAAAAUCGAACCAGCAACAUCAUCAACCCAACUAGGGCAAAUAUUCAAAUGAAAUUUUUAGAUACCCAUCCUAAAAAAGAAGAUUUACUUUGAUUGUGAUAGUUUCAAAGCUAUACCACUGUCCUUUGUAUUGUAUUUCCUCCUUUUUCUAGUAACCCUUUUUCCCUUUAUUCCCCCCCCCCUCUUCACUGCUUUUAGGGUAUAACGGUUUUCUUUUCCUUUUGUUUUUGGAGUGCAAUGGAUGAUAAUUUGUGUGAGUUUUCCGAUGAGCCUGAGUUCGUCGGUGAAGAUGAUUUAUUUAGUAUUUUUGAAAGUUUAGAUGGUCUUAUUGAUUUCCCAGUACCUUUUACUCCGUUAGAAGAAAUGACGACGGCUACAACGGCGGCGGCUGUGGGUGUUGGUGGUGGUAGUGCACAAAAAUCAACUCCAUUAAUGGAGUCGGAAACGGAGGAAACUUCACCGAAAACCAAGAGACAAAAACUGGGUUCUUUAGAAGAAACAAUGAAUACUGAUGGGCCUCAAAGGAUGUCUCAUAUUACCGUCGAACGGAACCGGAGGAAGCAAAUGAACGAACAUUUAUCGGUGCUGAGAUCGUUGAUGCCGUGUUUUUAUGUCAAAAGAGGUGAUCAAGCAUCCAUCAUUGGUGGUGUAGUGGAUUAUAUCAACGAGUUACAGCAAGUUUUACAAGCACUCGAAGCUAAAAAACAAAGGAAAGUUUACAGUGAAGUGUUGAGUCCAAGGGUGGUUUUAAGUCCAAGACCGUCACCACUCAGUCCUCGGAAGCCACCGUUGAGUCCCCGUUUGAACUUGCCAAUAAGUCCGAGAACACCACAACCCGGUAGUCCGUACAAACCACGGUUGCAAAAGGGUUACCUCUCACCAACAAUGGCGGCUAGUACUUCACUUGAACCCUCUCCCACUUCUUCAACUUCCUCCGUUGACAACAACAACGAACUCGUCGCUAACUCAAAAUCACACGUCGCCGACGUGGAAGUGAAGUUUUCAGGUCCCAACCUUGUUUUAAAGACAGUAUCUCCUCGGAUUCCCGGUCAAGCUCUCAAAAUAAUCUCAGCUCUUGAAGAACUCUCACUGGAAAUCCUUAAUGUCGACAUUAAAACCGUUGAUGAAACCAUGCUUAACUCUUUCACGAUCAAGAUUGGAAUUGAAUGCCAACUGAGUGCUGAAGAAUUGGCUCAACAAAUCCAGCAAACAUUCGGCCAUUGCUAGGGUUUUUAUUACUCCAUGGAUCAUAUAUAUAUACACAUAGAGAGAGUUUCCAUUUUCAGUGUUUUAAAAUAUUUACAGAUUCAUCCUUUUCUGGGAAUGGGAAUCUGGGAAUAUAUGCAUUUUACUCUUCUUCUUUUUUAGAAUUUCUGUUUAACAAAUUACAUGUAAUUGUAGAUUGGUAAUAUUAUUAU